AUGGGUCAGGAACGGCUAGAAAAUCUUACUAUUAUUUCUACAGAAUCUGAGUUUUUAAAGGACCUGAAUAAUGAAAAUCUAAUUAAUGAAUUUGUCAAAGACAAAAUCCACACAGACUCUGGCAAGGACCCCAAGAGCAACGACAAUGAAAAAUUUUACCUUUGCUUUCGACCAGGUAUCCCAGGAAACGGCAACUCAAGCAGAAUUCUUUUUAGACUUGUACAAUCUGCCGUUGACGUCUGUGUUUUCGCGUACGGACAAACUGGAUCAGGAAUAACCUAUACCAUGCAAGGUUCUGAAGAUCCUGAAGACAUGGGAAUGAUUCCCAGAGCAAUUAAUUUAAUUUUCGACACGAUUCAAGACAUGGACAUUUCUAAAUGCCAUUAUGUCGAUACAGCCAGCUUUUUAGAGAUAUACAAUGAAAAUGUAAGGGACCUGUUGAAUUCUGAUAAAAACCAGAAGUUAGAAAUUAUGUACAAUAAAGGAAGAGGGACAUCAGUUCCAAAUUUAACACUGAAGGAAAUUAGCUCGUUUGAAGAUUUUGGAAAAUACCAGAAGCACGCUGUUACGAAAAUCACUAUCCAUGGGACGAAAAUCACUUCUUCAAACGAAGAAACUGCGAAUGAAACUUGGACCGGUUCAGUCAACCUGGUAGACCUAGCCGGUACGGAAUCAAUGAAGUCAGGUAGUAAAGCUCGCGCAACCGAAACAAAACACAUAAAUCAGAGUUUGCCAACCCUGAAAAAUGUGAUUUUAGCCUUACGCAAUAAGGAUAAACAUAUUCUGUAUAGGAACUCAAAACUGACAUACUUAUUACAACCCUCUUUGGGAGGAAAUUCCUCCAGAACGCUGAUGUUGUUAGUUAAUAUGUCUCCUUUCGAGGAGACAUACAAUGAAAAUAUAAAUGCAUUAAGAUUUGCUAGUACUGUCAAAGAGGUAAAGACAAAGAUAGUUUACGAACAAUAAAUACCUAUGUAAGUUUAGUAAGUUAAGUAAAUAUAGAUAAGCAAAAUUAUUGGCUAAAACUCGUAAAGUGAAUGUAAAUAUAAAAGGAAAUAUAUAAAAUGAUGAAGGAUCAUGAAAGUCAUCAUCAUAUAUUUCCUUUUAGAUUCACAUUCACUUUACGAGUUUUAGCCAAUAAUUUUCCUUAUGUAUAUUUCUACUCGAUUAUAUUCAACAUCCUUUUAUACAGUGCGGUGGAAUAAGUGUUAGCCCCCCCCCCUGUUUACUUGUUUAUUUUAAGAAUAUAAGCAAAACGCUCGGACAGGUCGAUUUUUAAAUUAACCAUAGUAUAUUAUAGCAUCAACGUUUCGAACUUUACGCGAUCCCUCUUCAGGUGACAGCCAUAACUUUGAUUUUUUUAAAUGGGAAAGUACAUCAUGCGAUACUUCAUUUAAAAGCUCUUAAAAUACUGAUAUCAAAAAUGUAUAAUACUUCACUCCUAUUUGAGAGAGUAGGCGCAAAAUUUCAGUCGAAUUAUUUUUAAAUACAUUUAUUUUUUUCGAAUCCUGAAGUAUUUUUGAAAAAUUUAAACGCAGAAUGAAAUAUUACAGUAUUAUCGAGAGUCAAGAGUCCCUAAGAACUUCUAUUAUAAAAGUUAUUUUAAUAUGUCACAGGGGUGAAAAAAGGAGAAAAUUUAGUCUAAUAUUUAAUUUCAAAUAUUUCAAUCAUUCAAAAUAAACUUUUGUUUAGUCUAAGGGACUUUCAGCCCUUCGUAAUAAUCUAAUCUUUCAUUAUGCGUUUAAAUUUUUCAAAAAUACUUACUCGUUUUCUCAGAAUUCGAAAAAAAUAAAUGCAUUUUAAAAUAAUUCGACCGAAAUUUUGCGCCUACGCUCUCAAAUAGGAGUGAAGUAUUAUACAUUUUUGUAAUCAGUAUUUUAAAAGCUUUUAAAUGAGGUGUGACAUAAUGUACUUUCCCAUUUAAAAAAAUCAAAGUUAUGGCUGUCACCUGAAGAGGGAUCGCGUAAAGUUCGAAACGUUGAUGCUAUAAUAUACUAUGAUUAGUUUAAAAAUCGACCUGUUCGAGCGUGUUGCUUAUAUUCUUAAAAUAAACAAGUUAACGGGGGGGGUAACACUUAUUCCACCGCACUGUACCUAUAUACACUGACUGGCACGAAAAACGGUCACCCCACAAAAUAGGUCAUUUUUGAUGCCUCGAAUUUCCUAAACCUGUUAUCCGAUUUAAGUGAUUUCUUAAUAUGUUAUAGCCUUAUUCUUUAGCAAUAUCGCUGUAAUAAUAUUGUUGCUAGACAGGUAAAUUGUCAUUUCAUACUGGGUGUACCAAUCAAACUAUGUAUGUUUUUUUCUCAAAGUUCACCACACACUGUGGAAUAUUCUAGCAUUUAUAAAUUACUGAAAUUAAAACCCAACUAUAGUUUAUAGGUUUUGGUGAAAUCUUCCGUUUUUCUGGAAAUCUAAUCUGUCUAAAAACAAGGAAAUCCUUGAAAUGCAAAAGGAAAUGAAUGAAGCAUAUUCAAGGAAGAUCGCGGCUCAGCAACAAGAUCUAGAAACUAUUAAAAUGACCGACAAGUUUAUAGAAUCGUUGCAACAACAAAUAGCAACGUUACAACAAGAGCAGGAACAAGAUAAAGUAACAAAGGAAGAAAAUUAUAGACUUCAGUUAUUGGUCAACGAGCUGGAAAGGAAGGCUGGUCAAGUUGUCGACUUGAACAAUACAAAUCUAAUGUUAAGAAAGCAAAAUUUCCGGCUUAAAAAUGAAAAGAGACAACUCCAAAACAGUAUCCAGGAUUUGAGAGGUAUGUUUUUUAUUCUAUUUAUUUGUUGAGUAUAGAGUGAGUUUUAUGUAUGGAAACCUUCAAUUCUCUCGGAAAGGGCUUGCACGAUUUUUAUAUGUCAUGUCAACUAGCCAUGUUCUUCAUUAAUAUAGGAUGUUUCUAAAUAAGUUCGACAAACUUUCUGGGAUAAUUUUGCAUGAAGAAAUAAUGACCGUUUGCUUUAUAAACGUAUGUCCGCAAAUGCUUCGUUUCCGAGACACGGGAUGUUGAAUUUUUUCUUACAAACUGAUGAUUUAUUUAUUGCUCUAAAACCGGUUGAGAUAUGCAAAUGAAAUUUGGUAGGUUUUGAGAGGUAGUCGUUGCGCAUUUUUUGACAUACAAUUAAAAUUUUUAUAUCCGCCAUUGCCGUGCUUACGGGUAAUAUUACCCGUCAUAUUACCAUUGCGCACGCCAAUGGUGAAUAUAAAAUUCUUAAUUGUAUGUCAAAAAUGCGCAAUAACCGCUUCUUAAAACCUACCAAAUUUCAUUUGCAUAUCUCAAUCGGUUUUAGAGCAAUAAAUAAAUCGUCAGUUUGUAAGAAAAAAUUCAACAUCCCGUAUCUCGGAAACGAAGCAUUUGCGGACAUACGUUUAUCAAGCAAACGGUCAUUAUUUCUUCAUGCAGAAUUAUCCCAGAAAGUUUGUCGAACUUAUUUAGAAACAUCCUAUAUUGAUGAAGAACAUGGCUAGUUGUUAAAGUACCUAACAUUUUUAUUAUCCAACAUAAGCGAAUGAAUCAAAAAACAGAAUGUUAAAAGAACCCGAGGCUAUAGUUGGGUUUUAAUUUAAUUAUUUUAUAAAUGACGGAAUAUUCCACAGGGUGUGGUGAACUUUCAGAAAAAAAAAACACAGUUUGAUUGGUACACCCUGUAUACAAUGACAAUUUACCUCUCUAGCAACAAUAUUAUUACAGCGAUAUUGGUAAAGAAUAAGGCUUUAACAUGUUAAAAAAAAUCACUUAAAUCGGACAACAGGUUUAGGAAAUUCGAGGCAUCAAAAAUGACCCAUUUUGUGGGGUGCCCGUUUUUCGUGCCGGUCAGUGUAUACAUUAUAUAAGAGAAAAUAAUAAAAGAAUAUGCGCUACCUAGAAUUAUCUCUAGAAUUAAGUAUAAAAUUAAGUAUUAAUAUAUUUUGGUUGUAAAAUGUUUGUGUUUAGGCAAUACGUAAAGUAUCCUUAACAAUAGUAACCUAUACUUAUUGUACGGUUAUAGAGUAUAUUCCCAUAGGUAAGCUGGUUAAGAGUAGAUAACGAUUUUUCAUAUGUAAUUUAAAGUAUUAUCUGCAUAAAUGGCACAAAGAAUAUUUGCUACGAGAGGUAUAUGGUUCAAAAUGCAUACAGUAUCACGACUAAUAAGUUAUGUUCACAUACAUGUAGAGUACUUACAGUUUUAUUCCUUGAUGACGUGUCACAUCAGAGCUCUGAUUGAAUUCCAUAAUCCAUUUGGUUCAUUUGUAAGGCACUCACUAAUACGCUAAAUAAAUCAUCGUCGAUAAUACUGAGCAGAUUGAAUUAUCUGAGCGGUAUAAAACGAUAGCAAAAAAAGCCGGUAAAAUGCGGCCUUUUUACGAAUAGCGGGAGCGUCGAUAGAUUAGAGAUGAUUCUCGUUAGGAAGCUUUUGACGAUCUGCCCCGGCGAGGGGUUCAAAUGCGAGUCUCAA